CCGCCAGUCCUUAUUCUUCUGCCAGAAUUCCACAAAAUUCAACUUACAUGCAUAGACUAAUAUUGUUGGUUGUCAAAGAAACACAUCCAAAUAUUUGAAGAUUUUUUAUCGAGAAAUAUUUAUAAACGACAGCCAUGAGUGAAUAUAUUCACCAGAGCGACGCUACGAUUCUUAUGACUGUUGAAAACCUGAUAGCCAGGGCCAUGGGCCCUCCUGAUGAAAACAAAGUGGACUUCAAGAUAAUCCAAGAGCUACUUGUAAUCUUUGCUCGGCAACUUCGUAUGCUAGAACAUCAUGUCGAGUUAAAGCAUGGCUUGGACGCCGAAUUUGAUUCUGCUGAUUGGAAAAAAGAUAAACUGCCAGAAGGUGACAAAGACCACAAAAAAGACAAAAGAACUGUGUCCCUAAAGAAAGGAGGAGAUGGCAAGUCAGAAGAUGCUAAAAAGCUUCCCAAAGAUGGUGAAAACUUGAAGGUUAAAAGCAAUGUGAAGGAUGAAGGAGAGACGGAGGACAAAGGUGGGACUGGAAGAGAUGGGCAGGCUGGUUCAGGAGCGCCCGCUGGUGGUAAAACACCAGGCCAACCCUCAGGGCGCCGCCGCGUGGGCAGCAUCGAGGUGGUCUCUGGCUCCGAGUUCGACCUCCUGGCAGCAGCCGUGAAGAAGCUGCAGAGCGUCGCCAGCCCAGGGCGACUGCCGACUAAUGAACAGUUGACUAGUGAUAUACAGGCUGGGAAGGUCUCGCUUGAUGAGGCUUUGGAUGCUAAGCAGAUCACAGCCCGCGUGCAAGCCACAGAAGACUCCGUGGCCAGGAUGGUGGACCUCCUGACGAAGUUGGCGCUCAGUGGCGCCCUGCCCGCGGACAUGGCCAGCAAGAUACAGGAGCUGUUGAGCUCCGAGGCUGGGGCAGGAGCGGGAACCGGUGCCAGUCAAGCGGUGCUGUCGGUGAUGCCGCCUGGAAAAUUGCCUGAAGAUGGAGUAACACGCGAUGAGAUGGAGGAGGCUAUAAAUAAUCUACAAAGCAAUCUGAAGAAGGUUAUGAAUGAUUUUAUGACGAAGGCUUUGGUCGCUGCUGAGAAAGCCAACAAUAACACCAUGGAAAUACGCGAUAAAAUGGGUGAUACUCUAGAGAUGGCCCCAAAAAUAAAUGAAAUUAAAGAUUUGAUUAGCGAUUAUGUUGAGCAGCUUCGCGGCUUAGAAGAAGCCAUUAGAGGCCAGGCGGAUUUGUGUGCAGACCAAGUGACGGAAAUGCAAGAGGAGUUGAACAAAGGUCUAGCUGUGUUCCAGGGGCCCGUUCCCAAUGCUGAGACUGUUGCUGUGUUGGAGCUGACGGAUCGGUACAACGGGUUGAUGAGCCAGACAGAGGCUGUCAUAUUCGAAAACGCUGUCCAAACUGAAACACAGAAUCGUCUUACGGAAAGUUAUGGGGAGCUGAACGAAGCAAUAAACAUUCUUCGAGAGGAGAAGGCUGACCGGGAAGAAGUCCAGGACGCUCUCCGGGACAAGGCCAGCAAGGCGCUGCUGCAGGGGAUGAUGAUGGAGAAAGACUUCCAGAGGGCUAAGGAACUGCUGGAGGGGAGACUGGAUAAGUGCUUUGAUAAGUUCCAGCGGCAGGGGGAGGUUUGGGAGGAAGCCCUAGCCGACCUGAAGGAGGAACUAGACACGAAGGCACUAGUUCUGCAGCUAACGCGGCUGCGUGAAGAAGCGGUCCAGCGCCUGCGCAGCCUGGACGAGGCGAUACAGUGUCUGGCGCUGGCCGUCGGGGAACCUUAUGCGGCCCUGAUAACCAAGGAGCUGAACCUAGGCGCCGCCUGCGCCACCUGCCAGGGUCCAGCCAAGAUGCGCGUGUCAGAGCCCACCUAUGACCUGCCGCCGCUGCAGCCCGAGUUCAAGCCGCCGCCAGGGCCGGCUGGCGAGGACCCCGGUCUGUGCAUAAGGGGAGUGCUUACUGCGAGGCCGCCUGAUCCGAGAACCCACUCGUGUCUCCGCUGGGCGGGCGGCUCGCACACCCUGCUCACCAGGGCGGUGGCGCGCCAGCGAGCCCCGGACCUGCCGCCGCAGCCUCCGUACCGGCAGUAUGAGGCUUAUGGCGAUGAUGGGAAGAUGUACCGCAUGCAAGAGGAAUGCCAGCCAUGCGAGGAGUGCCUCGUGGUCUCCGCUCCGACCGCGGCUGACGGCGCCGGCGACACGGCGCAGGCGGACAAUGCUGAACUCAAUCUAAACUGUGAAACGGAACAGUGUAAACAGGAAGAUGACGAUAAGAAAGCAGGAAAUGAGAAUGAAAGGAAAUCUGGCACUCAAAAUUAACGUGUAAACAAG